GAGAUAGUUUCAAUUUAUCCUGCUCUUUCGCCCCCAACACUCUCACCUGGAGCAUCAAACCGAGUUUGCAAUGCACUUGCUCUUCUUCAGUGUGUUGCAUCACACCCAGAUACUAGGAUUCUUUUCUUAAAUGCUCACAUACCUUUGUAUCUGUACCCUUUUUUAAAUACCACUAGUAAAACAAGGCCAUUCGAGUAUUUGAGACUUACCAGCUUGGGAGUUAUUGGUGCUCUUGUGAAGGUUGAUGAUACUGAGGUUAUAAGUUUUCUUCUUCAGACCGAAAUAAUUCCCCUGUGUCUUCGCACAAUGGAGAUGGGUAGCGAACUAUCAAAAACAGUGGCCACUUUUAUUGUUCAAAAAAUUCUAUUGGAUGAUGUUGGGCUUCGAUAUAUUUGUGCUACUCCAGAGCGGUUCUUUGCUGUGGGUAGUGUUCUGGCAAAUAUGGUUGUGUCACUUGCUGAGCAACCCUCGACAAGGCUGUUGAAGCAUAUAAUACGAUGUUACCUUAGGCUAUCAGACAAUCCAAGAGCAUGUGGAGCUUUGCAGACUUGCCUUCCUGACAUGUUAAAAGAUGGAACCUUCAACAACUGCCUUCGGGAUGACCCUGCUACCCGUCGAUGGCUUCAACAGCUGCUACACAAUGUGAGUGGAGGAAACUUAGUGGCCUCUCUUCAUGCAGGACUUGAUCACAUGAUGGGAAACUAGAUAAAGAUCGAGCUUUUUGUUCCCAUAGUCAGGCGUGUUUCAUGUUCGAGACAUCUUGUUUCAUGUUUUCAGGCUUAUCUGAAGAUGCAAUUUAUAGAGCAAAUGUUGUAGCUUAUUUAGUUAUUUGAAAGACUCGGUAAGCACUAAUAAUGUUUAUAGAGGGUAUUGUGAGUGGUCAUGUCCUUGUAUAUUGUGCAUGUGUAAUGGAUGUUAUGAUUAAAGUUUAGCCUUCAGCUUUUCUCGUGUGAA